UCACUUUCGUUUGCCGUCUCUGUCGUCUACGUAAUGCGCGCGUGAAGAGGAUCGGGAUCGGGCUUUUGUUUGGUCAGUGCUGCUGCCGCUGGCGUAUUUCGAGUGUGUGUGUGUGUUGUGCCCGAGCGCGCGUGGUCACGUUUCGGAGUAAACAAAAGUGCGUAUAUUCGCAAAAGUGCGUCACCGGGGUUUUAUGUACGGCGCGAACAUGCGCGAACGCGAGGAGUUCUCGAGGUGUUUUCUACCGGGCCAGCCGGCCCAGGUCCCGCUGCAGCUGCCGCCACCACCGCCACAGGCCCCGGGCCUGGACGCCCUGCAUGGACUCUGCAAGCAGAUUUAUCCGGACCAGAGCAACCCAUUGACUGUCACGGCAAUUGUCAAGUAUUGGUUAGGUGGACCCGAUCCCCUCGACUACAUCAGCAUGUAUGCCAAUCCGGGUUCUCUCGAGUAUGGAGUACCACCGCAUUGGCAUUACAUCAGCUUAGGAUUGUCCGAUUUACAUGGUGAUGGCCGAUUACAUCCUAAGCCUGGUCCGGGUCGUCCCAGCGGAUUCGGAUUCGAGUUGACCUUCCGUCUCGCCCGUGAAAGGGGCGAGACAACGCCGCCCACGUGGCCGGCAAACGUGAUGCAGCAAUUGGCCAAAUAUGUUUUCAAUUCCGGGAACACGCUGAUGCCGGGCGAUCACGUCUCUUGGCACGCUCCGCUGGAUGGUGGAAACGGUUGUAUUACCCAGAUCCUAAUGGGACAAGACCCGCAGCUUCCAGCAUCAAUCUCUACGCCCCAUGGCGAUGUCUCGUUCGUUCAAAUCGUCGGCGUUACUUCCGAAGAAUUACAGGCAGCUCAACACUGGAACGGUUUGGGUGUGGUUAACUUGCUGAGAAGCGCCAGGGGUUGCGGUCCGUGGUUAGUCACAGACAUGAGAAGAAUGCGUUCCGCUAUGGAAGACAAUCCCUCUAUAGCGCAAAAAAUACAGUGCGGCAUCGAGAGAGAUGGAUCGAAUACGAGCGGUGUGUCCGCUAAAUGUUGGUGGGUGCAAAUAACGAAUGAUAAAAGCGCGGAGAGAUACAGAGAGAGAAGAAAUGAUUCCGAUGAAGAAGAUGUAAAACCGAUUGUGAAAACGGAGAGACUGUCUCCGUGUGAGCAACAGGACGCCAAUGUCUCUGAUGAAAAUAAUAUUAGAGUUCUGUCCGGAUUACAUUUGACGUUCAAUCUUGAGGCUGGUUCGUUAUUACCAUUGGCGAUAAAAGGUCGCGUGAUGCACGGGAGGCAUUUCACAUUCAAAUCCAUACUGUCUCAUUCGGCUGUCACGAUAGUCGCGCCGUCCGUUACAGGCACCUUCGUGUCCAAGGAAAAGCCAUACGUUGUUCAAGGACCGUGGCUGCAAGUACUACUCUCGGAAGAAUUGUCUGAGAAAAUGGCUGAAGAGUUCCAAGUUCUAAAUACGGACAAGAUCCAAUUGCCAAAGACGUUUUCUUGGCCAGAGCAUAAUUUAGCCAUUACCAUUAUCAACGAUUGAAAAUAUUCGACAGUGCAAUUCAUGAAGAUCAUUCUCUUCAUGCUCGUUUCGUAUAUAUUUAAGUUAAAGAUAAAAAACGAAAGUAUUAUCAAGCCUUCGUAGGUCGAAUCUUUUUAUUUAUAACUACGACGUUUCCCAUGACUUUUUAGCAUAAAGUUUUAUAAUUUAUAAAUGUUAUCGUACGCGUUUAAGAAAUUUGAAUCGCAUUCAUCAAUGUGCGAAAGCAGAGAUUUGCACACGUUCCCAGAUGCAAAUUUUAAAGAACAGAGAUGUAUUUUUCUAUAUACGGAUGUUCCAAUGUCUCUCUUUUACAAAUUGAUGCUAUGUACAUGAAAAAUUUCUGCAACACUCGUCAUAUUGUUUUAAUUGACAAUAGUGUUAUUGUUUCUACCAAAACGAUAUGUGUUGCAAAUUUUUUUGUGUGCGUAUUUUUACUAUGUACAUAAUACAAUAUAACUUAUAUGCUA